AUGUCCUCCCUCACCUACACCACCGACCCUACCGGCCCCGGCCAACAAGCCAGCGAGACAUACCACUACUCGCAAUCUGUCAUUCUCCCCUCGGGCAUCGUCAAAUCUCAAAUCGACCUCGCGUUCGCCAACGUCGAUCGAGUGCUGCAAAGUCAUGGCUUGAGGGGCUGGGAAGAUGUGUAUUUGUGGCGCAGCUAUGCGGUGGGCAUGGAUGAGGCCAUGCAGUAUUUGGUGCCAAAGAUAAGGGAGAGAGUCCCGGCGCACCGGCCCGUUUGGACAGCGUUGAGUGUACCGAGGUUGGGGCUCGAGAAGAUGUUGAUUGAGAUUGAGGUUGAGGCGUUUGCGCCGCUGAAGUGA